CCGAGUGGAGUAGAGGUAGAGAGAGAGAGCUGUAUAGAGAGCAGGCAGGCAGCAGUGUGUGAGACAGAGAGACAGCAUGGUUAGAGCGUGCAGGGCGGACCAGCCACGGCUCUCCAUGUAGCCCAGUGCAGCACAGGCUAGAGGGGGGAGUCCGAGGAGCCACCAGGACCUACUCAUCUCACUCACUCACAGCCAGGACCUCUCUCUCCACUGAGGCUUUCUCUUCAGAGAUAGACUUCAGAGGAACAACUUCAAAUUCCAAAACAAUUUUCUCCGGCUGGCUUUGGUGUUUACUUUUCGAGGAGCCUUUUUUGUGUAUUUGGGGACACCUGGGGAAUAGUUAUUGUUUUGACUGGGUCUUGACUGGGCUGGGUGGGCGCUCCGAGGGACCGCAUGCAUGACACAACGCAAAGGCGAGAAGACCACCAUCAGCAUCCAGGAGCACAUGGCCAUUGACGUGUGCCCUGGCCCCAUCCAGCCCAUCAAGCAGAUCUCUGACUACUUCCCCCGCUACCCGCGGGGUCUCCCCCCCACAGCACCCCCUGCCCUCAGCCGGGCCGGCUCGCUGCGCUCCUCCUCCGCCAGCCACAACUCUGGGGAUGACCCGGCCCACUCCCACACCCACACCGAUGACGACCCGGACCGGGUGUUUGGCGGUGCCGCCGCCCCGUCACCCGCGGCGACCGGCAAGAAGGAGGAGGAACCGGACGUGGAGGGCUAUGACUCGGACGACUCAACUACGUUGGGGACCCUGGACUUCAGUUUACUGUAUGACCAGGAGAACAACGCUUUGCACUGUACCAUCAACAAAGCCAAGCUCCCUAUUCCCAGGUAUAAGAAGGGGCUAAAACCCAUGGACCACAAUGGGCUCUCGGAUCCGUAUGUCAAACUGCACCUGCUGCCUGGGGCCAGUAAGGCAAAUAAGCUUCGCACCAAGACCCUGCGCAACACCCUCAACCCCGUCUGGAGCGAGACCCUUACCUACUACGGCAUCACCGAUGAGGAUAUGGUCCGCAAAACACUCCGGAUUUCAGUGUGUGAUGAGGACAAGUUCCGCCACAAUGAGUUCAUCGGAGAGACACGCAUCCCCCUCAAGAAACUCAAGCCCAACCAGACCAAGAACUUUUACAACUGCCUGGAGAAACAGCUACCUAUCGACAAGACAGAUGACAAGUCCCUGGAGGAGCGAGGGCGUAUCAUGAUCUCCCUCAAGUACAGCUCCCAGAAGUCUGGCCUGGUGGUGGGCAUCGUCCGCUGUGCCCACCUCGCCGCCAUGGACGCCAACGGCUUCUCAGACCCCUACGUCAAAACGUACCUGAAGCCUGAUGAGAACAAAAAGUCAAAGCACAAGACUGCUGUGAAGAAGAAGACCCUCAACCCAGAGUUUAACGAGGAGUUUUUCUACGAAAUCAAAUACGCUGAUCUCAGCAAGAAGACCCUGGAGGUGACCGUGUGGGAUUACGACAUCGGCAAGUCCAACGAUUUUAUAGGUGGCGUGUCCCUGGGCAUCAGCGCCAACGGAGAGAGGCUCAAACACUGGUUCGACUGUCUCAAAAACAAGGACAAGAAAAUUGAGCGCUGGCACACGCUGACCAACGAACUUCCUGGUACAACAUUCAACGACUAAUGGCCCCUCCCCACUACCUACUCAUUUGCAAGUAAGGCCCCUCCCGUACCUGCUCUGGACAGGAGUUCAGCCUCGAUCGACCAAUUUAACAAAUCACACUCCAGCUUUCCCAUUUCCGGAGACGUUUACCAAAUCACAGCUCGUUUUCUGUAUUUCUCUCCCAAGGUGUUGAGCUCACCCGUUAUCUUCUAUCCCCUUCUGAUAAUGUGCUGUGUCUUUAGGGCUUAUUUGAUGAUACUGCACCUGCAGCUGUCCUGAAACAACGGUUUGGCAGCAUUGAGAAAGAGUCUGAUGUGUGUCCCAACAAUGCCAUAAGUACGCAACACAUGGCAAACACAAGGUUUGCUGCACAGAACUAGAACCAGAUGAUAUUCUAUUUAUAUUGUUUGCUGUCCAGAGAUGCAUAUUCACUAGGUUUACUGGCAGAUUGUGGGGAGUGUGCACUUUGUUGAAAUUACAGAAGAAAAGUGUGGAUUAUUUACUUCAGACACUGCUCUAAAAAGCAUGUCAUGUUUACAACAGUCUAGGACGCAGCUCCACACACCUCUGCUGUUCCUCUCAUGUUCGUGUUUGCGGGAGAAAGGGGAAAAAGACAAGUAAUGUGUUUUAUAGAGACAGCCUACUUUCAGGUCAUUGCAAAUGUCUAAUCCUGUGAUGAAGGGUUUGGGCUAUGGGAGGGAAAUGAGGAAGGGGUGAGGCAUUUUUAAUAUACUAGCGCUAAGUAUCUUGUUGCUUAUGUGUUUCAGUUGUUUUCAAAUUAGAGUAAAAUGUACGCCACCCCAAUCAGUGUAUCAGAUGAAUGUAGACUAUAACCCUUCUCUCCCACAGUACAGUAACUCCUCUGAGAAUGUGCACCCAAGUGCUGUGUGUUAUUGAACCAGUUCAUACAUAAAAUUCAAGGUCUGAUAAACAUCAGAGUUGCGUUGGAUGGCAUGGGAGGAAGAGAAUUGAACUUCUGCAGCCCCAUUGGCAAACUGUCAAUGAUGUUGCCUGAGGCGGAAUACUAUCCAUAGAUCUAUAUUUUUAAUGACAUGAGGGCUGUCAUGGAACUACUAAUUCAUAGUUAAUGUACUGGAAUGUAAGAGUUGGCACUGCUUAGUCCCAGAACCCUAUUUAGUCGAUGAGAAGGCAAUAUGGUUCAGAACACAUUUCACACUUAUUUGAAAUCAAAGCAUGUUUUGAUAGUUGUGCAAAAUUAAGCCUUUUAAUGUUCAACAUUUUAUUAUUGCCUGUUGUCUAAGAAAUGGCAGGGCUAAAAUGUAUGUUUAUGUGUGCGUGCGCAUGUUUGUGCUGUAUGUGUGUUGGUGAACGCAACCAACAAAUUGUCCUUUUAAUUGUGAAAUAUUCAACUGGCCAAUUCUUAGCCAACAGGUAAUCAUUUUAUAUGUAUUACUAGUGUUUUCCAUUUUACAUGUCGUUGGCAGUUAAACUUCAACUGUACUUUUUAGUUUAAGCAUAGCAACGUACAACCAUUAAAUACCCGACAGUACAUGAUUAUAAGUUGUUUAAUUUAGUGUUAUAAUUUAUUUGACCCAUAGUGAUAUUUAUUCCUGCUUUUGUCUUCCUUUAAUAAACUCAAAUUGUGUCUCAUUCCAUUCUUAAACAUGCAGUGAGAUUAAUUUCAAAGGUAUUUUUCAUUUUCAUUGACCAACCCAAGAGGACUUCAUGUUCACAGUUUACUCAAGAGGGGGUAAAAUAUUCCACCUGUCUAUCUGAGUGUUAGUCUCUCUGGCCUGGUGUGGACAGUGAUUUGUGAAACAGUAACUCUCAUUGGCUAUGCGGCAGUCCAAUAUCUUCCCCCUCUACCAAUGAGAAGUUGUUUUGGACACCAAGGUUCAACCCAAUCUCUUCAUCAAUCCUACAGGGGUCAGGCAGGCAUGAAGGUGGUCUCUUUCUCAAAUGCAUAUACAGUCGCAACAGCAGCCCAACCUGUGGAAUUUUGUAAUCUGUUUGCCUUUGUACUCAAAACUGGAUAUUAUGACAGAAAUGCAUGCAGAUGUUAUUGGUUUGUCAUGAAAUGACUUUGCUUAAUGUUUGAUACUGCUGUUUUUUCUGUGAAAACAAUAACACAACUGUGGAUGCUACAAGAAUGUCAAUCUUUCUUCUGGACAACGUUUUGUAUCUUUGAACACUCGCAUUGCUGUCCAGCUGCUGUAUUGACUGUCUGGGGAUGUGACUGUCUGGGGAUGUGACUGCAUGUGAAGAAAAUCUCUGCCUGUUUUGUUCCUUUUUUUAACACUCAGGCGAUUGUUUGCGUAAUUCUGGUGGUUCUCUGGUUUAAAAAUAAUAAUAAAGAAAAACAGUUA